GAGGCCCGCGGGCGGCGGCGCAGGAGGAAGCGGAGGAGGACCCGCGCGCGGGGCCCGGGAGGCAGGCAGAGCAGCGCCGCCGCCGCCGCAGCCCGGGGCUCGCCAUGCUCCUGGCCUCGGCCGUGGUGGUCUGGGAAUGGCUGAACGAGCACGGCCGCUGGCGUCCCUACAGCCCGGCCGUGAGCCACCACAUCGAGGCGGUGGUCCGCGCCGGGCCCCGCGCGGGGGGCAGCGUGGUGCUGGGCCAGGUGGACAGCCGUCUCGCGCCCUACAUCAUCGACCUGCAGUCCAUGAACCAGUUCCGCCAGGACACGGGGACGCUCCGCCCGGUUCGCCGCAACUACUACGACCCGUCCUCGGCCCCCGGCAAGGGCGUGGUGUGGGAAUGGGAGAAUGACAACGGUUCUUGGACGCCCUACGACAUGGAAGUGGGCAUCACCAUCCAGCACGCCUAUGAGAAGCAGCACCCCUGGAUCGACCUCACUUCCAUCGGCUUUAGCUACGUCAUUGACUUCAGCACCAUGGGCCAGAUCAACCGGCAGACCCAGCGCCAACGCCGCGUCCGCCGGCGCCUGGAUCUCAUCUACCCGAUGGUCACCGGCACCUUGCCGAAGGCCCAGUCCUGGCCGGCCAGCCCCGCGUCGGCUGCCUCGCCUGCGGCCCCGCCCUGCUCCUGCCCGCAGUGCGUCCUGGUGAUGAGCGUCAAGGCCGCCGUGGCCAACGGGGGCGCCGGUCCGCUGCAGCCCCCAGCCGCCCGCAAGAACAUGCCCCCAUCUGGAGCCGUCAAGCUGCCCCCCCAACCAGGCCCUGGGGCCAAGCCACUGGACAGCACGGGCACCGUCCGAGGCCCGACGAAGACUGUCCCAUCGCAGGUGAUCCGGCGACAGGCCUCCAACACGCCCGCAGGGGUGACCGUGGGUUCUCCCGCCAGUCCCCCCGGAGCCAACGGCAAGACCGGAAGGGUGGCCCUGGCGACCUUAAAUCGGACUAACCUGCAGCGAUUGGCCAUUGCCCAGUCCCGGGUGCUGAUCGCCUCUGGGGUCCCUACCGUCCCGGUGAAAAACCUAAAUGGGACCAGUCCUGUGAACCCUGCCUUGGCAGGAAUCACUGGAAUUCUCAUGAGCGCUGCGGGGCUGCCUGUGUGUCUCACCAGGCCCCCAAAGCUGGUCCUCCACCCACCCCCGGUGAGCAAGAGUGAAAUCAAAUCCAUCCCAGGGGUUUCCAACACGAGCCGCAAGACGACCAAAAAACAAGCCAAGAAGGGUAAAACCCCAGAAGAAGUGUUGAAGAAGUACUUGCAGAAAGUCCGGCAUCCCCCGGAUGAGGACUGCACCAUCUGCAUGGAGCGCCUCACGGCCCCCUCAGGCUACAAGGGCCUGCAGCCAACGGUCAAGCCUGAGCUGGUGGGCAAGCUGUCCAGAUGCGGCCACAUCUACCACAUCUACUGCCUGGUCGCCAUGUACAACAACGGCAACAAGGAUGGGAGUCUGCAGUGCCCAACCUGUAAGACCAUCUAUGGCGUGAAGACAGGCACUCAGCCCCCGGGGAAGAUGGAGUACCACCUCAUCCCUCACUCCCUGCCCGGCCACCCCGACUGCAAGACCAUCCGGAUCAUCUACAGCAUUCCUCCCGGCAUUCAGGGGCCAGAACACCCAAAUCCUGGGAAGAGUUUCAGCGCCCGUGGCUUCCCACGACACUGCUACCUUCCAGACAGCGAGAAAGGGAGAAAAGUGCUGAAGCUGCUGCUUGUGGCCUGGGAUCGCCGCCUCAUCUUUGCCAUUGGUACCUCCAGCACCACGGGCGAGUCAGACACCGUGAUCUGGAACGAGGUCCACCACAAGACCGAGUUCGGCUCUAAUCUCACAGGUCAUGGCUACCCGGAUGCCAAUUACCUGGAUAACGUGUUGGCUGAACUGGCUGCCCAGGGCAUUUCUGAGGACAGCACUGCCCAGGAGAAGGACUGAGCUGGGGUGGGGUUGGGGGGUCUAUGGGCCAGGAGGGGCCAUGGGGACCACAGGGCAGGAAGUGGGAGGGUCAAGGUCGAAGUUGGUGCCACGCCCUCCCGACUCCCUCAUCUCCCCUUCUGUCCUGUCCCCAUCCCCCAUCCCUCCCGGCCACAGUGGGGGAGGGAGAUUGAGUAAGGUGACGUCAUUCAUAACCCUCAUCCACCACAAAGGAAACAUGGGAUGAGGGCCGUCCUCGGUCUGUUCCCAUGGAGUUUUCGGUGCUGGGUAGGCAAGAACCCCCCACCCCCCCUAAGUAGGGGGCAUGGUCAGCACACUUAGGGUAUGGACAUUGCAAGGGCACUCCAUACCCUGGCCUUGUGAAGCCUGAGGUUCAGUACCUUAGCUGGCUUCUUGCUGCUUCCACUCUCCUUUGAGAGCGGAGUUUCUGCUUUUCUCGCCUCCUCUGGAGGCGAGGAGCUCUCACUGUGCAAGAUUGGGGGGAAAGGGGUGAACCGCUUAACUGCUGUGACAUCAGAAAUCAAUGCCUCGUUGUACAGCAAGGAAGCACUUCCCGCCAAGAGGGUCAGGGAAGCAAAGGUUUCUGGGAGCACAUUCAGCUCCCAUCAUAGUCCCUGGCUUCUCUGAGCUCUCCCUCCUCACGUUUUCGACCUGUCCAAAGAGGCAUCUGGUUCUCUUGUGUGGAUGGAUGGGCUCUGGGAUUCCUCUCUGGGGCGGCAUCCCGUGAUGUUUCCAGCCCCUCUCUGAUCAGACCAGAGUCUGCAUCCCACUUAGCAUCUGAACUGUCCUCAGGGAGAGGAGCCCAUAGCCUUCUUCCCAACUCAUCCCAGACCAGCUCAAAGAUUCCAUGAGUUUCAUCAAGUCACUGUGAGUAGAGCCCAUGUUGGGCUCUGUGCCAUCUGUGUAUGUGCAUCUGUGUGUGUGCGUGUGUGCACCACUGGGCAGGUUGGUGGACAGUCCCAUCCUGUUCUCCCGUCGUUUUUGCGAACUGUCAGACUCCAGGUCUGAUGGGGUCAAACAGUCCCGCUGUGGUUCCUUAACCUUCCUCACCCUUUGCAACCCAUCCCGUAGUAAACUUGGACCCAGAUGCCCCAGGGAUGUGCUUGGGGAGACGUGUAAGGUGAGGACUGGACUGAACCCUUUUUAUAUCUCUUUCAAGAUCGGAUCUAACCAAUUCACCCAGUCUUGUUUCUAUGAGGGCUUUGAUCUGUCUCCAUGCACAUUUGCUAAUCAGAGCCCCGAGGUGGUGCUGGACCCCCUCAUCUAUCACAGAUUGAGCUGGAGCAUGGAGGGAGACUUUUCAGCUCAUUCCUAACAGGGCUGGGACCACAUCGUGGUCCAGUCCAACCUGCAUUUGGGUUGUGUCCCAAGACUCUGGUCUAUACCCUCUCCAGCAUUCCUCUUGCUUUCCACUUCCCUUAAGGAAUGAAUUGGGGGUCAGGGAGGAGAGAAAGGGGAUCAAGAAAGGGAAACCCAAAUCUCCCUUAGAAAGUGGGUUCUUUGAACUAUGUGUUUGGGGGAAGUUCCUCUGGAUACUAAUUUGAAUUUAUAUACCUCAUGUUUUGGGGGUUUGACGUAUAUAUAUCCAUAUAUAUUUCAUAAUAUUUGGAAGGUUUUUGAUGCUAGAAAAAUGAAACAAAAGAACCUUCAGAAACGGUACUUAAGUUAGAACCCGAAGCCAGGCUUUCCUGCGAACUGGCUCCGUAGCUGCUUGCUGUUCGCCCGCAGCCGUUUUCACGUUGAUGGGACCAGUGGAUUCACCUGAGAGUCACCCAGUUCUUUGGGGCAUGCUGGUGCUGAGCCUUUCUUCAUUCUCCAAAUGGCUAUCAGGAUGCUAACUGGCUCCAGCAGAGGGAACCCAUCUGACAGGAGGAAUUGUUCCUGACACCUUCGGUCGGGUUUCUCCUGUCGGCCACCUGCCAUCUUAUGUUACUAGUGGACCAGGACUUAGGGCCUGAGUUCACGGCUCCACAGGGCACAGUUUCCUACCACAGUCGGGAGGAAGGGACCUUGCUGCAGUGUUUAAUAUCACACCCACCCUCUGCCCUUUGCCAGGCUGUGGUGUACCAGAGAUCGUGGAAGAGCCUCAUGGAGACCUUGUCCCAUCCCCGCCUUCAGCGGGAGACCCGGGUCAAGUGUCUGCCGAGCUUCUCACCCACGGGGAUGAGGAAACAGGUUGAGGGUCAGUGGGUAGAAACACACCGCUGUGGAGUAGGUGGGGAGAGGAAGAGAAUGCACCCUGAGCCCUGGCCGAGGGCAGCCCGGAGAGGCGGGUUUCCCUGCAGUAGGCAGAAGAAGGGGCGGGUGGGCAAGGGGACAGCUGAAUGAAGACGGGGGAGGACUCCGAGAACGGACCAGGCAGGUAGGGUGCCAGGGGCAAUUCCUCUUUCAGGAUAAGUCUUCGUACCUUCAAGACUUCCCCCUCAGGGUGCUGACGACGUCUGCGCCCUGGUUCUCUUCUUCCCUGGGGUGCUCCGUAGGCAUGAUCUCACCCUCAUGCGGCUCCUCUUGGGGGCUUUCUAGGCAGAAGGGGUCUUGACUCUCCUUUCUAACACUGUGCCAGGCAAGAUGUGGAGGGAGGGGGUGCCCCUUUGCCCUUUCUCUGUGCCGGCCCUGGAAAGGCACAGUCUCCGGCUCAACGAAAACCCUGCCAGCAGGGGUCCUGAGCACCCACCGCUCCGACACAGGAUGUUUUCCCACCAUGGCUGCUCCUGAGGGGAAUCUUAUGCCUUUCCUUUCAUGCACCAGCAGCCUGCUCUGCCCCCUCCUGAGUCUGCCUGAGGGAUGACAAAUGGGAUUGCAGACGAACUCUGUCAGAUGCCCAUCCCUUAAAGGUUCCUUGUGUAUAUGUGGUUGUGUGUGCCUUUGUGUUUCAUACCCUUUCCCCCACCUUUUUUUGUAAAACUUGGACUUCUCUGUGGUUUUACACUUGGUCAAAAGUACUCGUCCUGGUAUUGCACUGUUGUGUGCAUGAGAGGGUAGGGGGCAGGCCCCGUGUGAUACAAGAAAGGGCCCUGUCCCCUUUUCUUGUCUGUGGUCACUGGCAAUUGAGUGGGGGGGUUUUCUGGGAGAGGGAAGGUGAAAGUCCUAACCUAAAUCUUCGUAACUGGUGUUUUGAAGUCCUUGGUGUUGCUCUGUGAGAGGACAUCGCCACCUGGUGCUCAUGAGGUGUAUGUGCAGAACAAUAAAUGGCAAGUGAACAAACCACAAA